AGCCACUCAGACGCCGCUCGACUCCAGGGAGAAACCCACGCGCCAAUUCUCCCCUCCGCUACGUCCCUCUUCAGGAGUACUCGCUCACUUUGCAUACCGAGAAGUCGGCCGUGCGUCGUGCAGAGCGUCACCGGGAGCUUGUUUGACAGUCGUGCGGCGAAUUGACUGGAGAUACGAUGGGCAACGGAGAAGAUGAGAAGCCCACCAUGAAUGAAGGUGGUGAUGAGGAGACUGUGGUCAGGGUGCGCGGCCUUCCAUGGUCCGCAACUGUCGAGGACAUUCUCAAGUUCUUUGAUGGUGUAAACAUCAAGAACGGUCGUGAUGGUGUCCACCUGACCCUCUCACGUGAAGGCCGUCCAAGUGGCGAGGCCUACGUUGAAGUAGCCAGCGAAGAUGAUGUUGCACUAGCCGAGAAGAAACACAACCAACACAUGGGGCGUAGAUAUAUUGAAGUCUUUAAGGCGAAGCGCUCCGAAAUGGAAUGGGUCGUCAAGAGGGCUGGCUUUGGCGGCUCUGGGGGUGAAGACGACGGUUGUGUCAGACUCCGUGGUUUGCCUUUUGGUUGUUCCAAGGAGGAGAUCGCACAGUUCUUCUCAGGGUUGGAGAUAGUUCCGAACGGGAUAGCUCUGCCUACCGACUACCAGGGGCGGCAUACGGGGGAGGCAUACGUUCAAUUUGUUAACAAAGAGGUCGCUGAAAAGGCCCUUGAGAAGCAUAAGGAAAAAAUAGCUCACAGAUACAUUGAGAUCUUCAGAAGCAAUCUUGGAGAAGUGCGUGCAGCGAUGAGCCCCAAGAUGAGAGUACCUGGUGGACCCAUGGGCGGUUACAAUAACAGACCAGCUCCUUAUGACUCUCGUGACAGAUUUGGGGGCAUGAACAGAUACAGCCUGGGUGGACGUGGAAGAACACGUGGGUACAAUGACUAUGAUGGCUAUGAUGGCUUUGUUUCAGGUGGGUACAAUGAUUAUGAUGAUGGCCCAGGCUGGGGUGGUUCUGGGGGAUACAAUGAUGGACCCAGUAGUUGGCAGAGUGGUCGAGGAGGUGGAAGAGGUGGAGGACCUGGCGGUAUGAAGGGUAAUUUUGGAGGUGGACGUGGUGGCAGUUGGAGCAGUGGAGGGACAGGCCACUGUGUGCACAUGAGAGGUCUUCCAUUCCGUGCAACAGAGAUGGAUAUUGCUGAUUUCUUCAGACCACUGAACCCAGUCAACAUCAAUAUUAUCAUGGACAGCCAGAACAGGCCCUCAGGAGAAGCAGACAUUGAGUUCGCUACACAUGAUGAUGCAGUCAAAGCUAUGUCUAAGGACAAGGCGAACAUGCAACAUCGCUACAUUGAACUUUUUCUGAACUCAACGCCCGGCGGUAACAUGGGCGGUCCUGGAGGUCCAAUGGGAGGUCCAGGUCCCAUGGGCGGGCCAGGCUCCGGAAACUUCGGAGGCGGCGGCGGAGGCAACUUCAGCGGCGGCAACAUGGGCGGCGGGUUUGGUGGGGGAUAUGGGGGGGGCAGCCGAAUGGGGGGAGGUGGUAGUAGCUUCGGCAACGGCAUGGGAAGCGGCUACGGCAGUGACGACGGCAUGGGCGGGGGCAUGGGAGGUGGAAUGGGUGGGGGAAUGGGAGGAGGCAUGGGUGGGGGGAUGGGAGGAGGCAUGGGCGGCAGUGGAGGAGGAGGAGGAGGUGGUGGAGGAAUGGGCGGCAGCAUGGGCGGAGGCAUGGGCGGCAGUCUUAGCGGCGGCCUCGGCAGCAUGUCUAGCAGUCUUAGCAGGCUGGGUAGCGGCAUGGCCAGCGGACUCAGCAGUGGCAUGGGCAGUAGCAGCUUCGGCAGUGGCUUCAACUCCAACAACGGCUUCGGGCCCAGCGACCAGAUGUCCGGCAACAACUACAACAGCUUUUGCUAAAACUGUAUUGGGGAAGUGAGAGAGAGGGAGAAAAUAAAUGAAAUAAAGAAUAAAAACAUGUACCUUAAGGAUCUUCUGAGAAGUUUAUUUUUCUUUAGUUGAGCUUACGACUACUGUGAACUUUAAUUGUGUAAUUAAUAAAGAAUGUCAUUUGUAAAUUUGAAUUUUCAUUUAUAAUGUUAAAAAUAUCAAUAAAGAUGCUAAGUAUUUUUUGUUAGCACUACCGUGUAACCUCAAUAAAUACAUUCACGGUGGCUUUGUCACAUUGUGGAAACCUAUGAAAAAUACACGCAAGUACAGUUAAAACCUCUGUAAGAUGGAUAGUAGACUAUAAAGAAAACUGCAUCUGACUUCAUCUUAAGUGUGACAUUCCAUUGACAUGGUUUGAUGCAGGUCUCGAAAUUGUUCCGUGGACGAUGGUUAAUUACAAAUGUAAUUUUAGGUUAUUUUUAAGGUCUGAAUAAAAUUACAAACCUUACAAGAAA